AUGAAGGAAACACGUCGAUCUGGCCUGGUUCUCCUGAGCCCACACCACCAGGGCCAGGGCCAGCUCUCCUGGGAUGGCCAGACAAGGUCUACUUUCCUCCUUUCCUGUGCAGAGAAAGUCCAAAAGGAGAUUGAUCAGGUGAUCGGCUCACACCGGCUACCCAACCUUGAUGACCGCUCCAAAAUGCCAUACACUGACGCAGUCAUCCAUGAGAUUCAGAGAUUUGCUGAUCUUAUACCUAUUGGUGUGCCACACAGAGUCACCAAAGACACCAUGUUCCGAGGGUACCUCCUCCCCAAGAACACCGAAGUGUACCCCGUCCUGAGUUCAGCUCUCCAUGACCCACGGUACUUUGAACAACCAGACACCUUCAAUCCUGAGCACUUCCUAGAUGCCAAUGGGGCACUGAAGAAAACUGAAGCUUUUAUGCCCUUUUCCACAGGAAAGCGCAUUUGUCUUGGCGAAGGCAUUGCCCGCAACGAAUUGUUCAUUUUCUUCACCUCCAUCCUCCAGAACUUCUCUGUGUCAAGCAAUGUUGCUCCUAAGGACAUUGAUCUCACUCCCAUGGAAAGCGGUAUUGGAAAAAUACCGCCAACAUACCAGAUCUGCUUCUUAGCCCGCUGAUUGGGCUGAGGCAGUCAGGUGUCCCCACUUCUGUUGAGAAUGGCUCUGUCUUUGUGCCUCUGAGAGAACUGCUGGAAACCAGGCCAUAGAUUGCUGCUCACAUCCUUCCUCCUACUGUGGUUCUCCAAAGCUCCAAGGCAUGUUCUUCUUCUCUGUGAAUGGCGCUGGAGAAAUCAAUCAACCGUCUUUCCUGAUGUGUGAACAGAGACUUCUGGAGUCUACAUCUCAUGCUGAGUCACUUCCCUCUUCCUCCCAACAGUCCAAGUCCUCUCUUAAAAGCUCUCCAUGCUCUGUGAUUUGUGUUAAUGGACUCUGUAUGAGGUCUGAAUUCUCUGUCUACAGACUUGCCUAGUAUGUAUGGUUCAGCUAAACAGAAUCACAUAGUGUGUGA